AUUGUGUAGAGAGGUCUCUUGUAGGAAGCAACAAACUAAACAUACCAGAUAGCAGUUACACAACUUCUUCAUAUUAUAAAAGUCUAGGCAACCCAGACGACGUUCGAUACCAACCUCAUAACGCCAAACUGAAUAGCAAAUAUGGAUGGGGAGCAAGAGAUAAUAAUAAUCCUGAUGAUUACCUACAGAUUGACCUCGGUACUCCACGUAUUAUCACUGCUGUAGCAACACAAGGAAGUGGCUUAUUUGAUGAAUGGGUGACAACGUAUAAAAUCAAUCAUACCAAUAACCUUACAAAGUGGACAAGUUAUAUGGAAAAUAUUGGUGGGAUUAAGCUCUUUCGUGGAAAUUAUGAUCAAMGCCAUGUCCAGAAACAUCCAUUAGAUAAUUAUAUAAAAGCCAGAUACAUUAGGUUCAUACCAGUGCGGUAUCAUAAGCAUAAAACAAUGCGAGUCAAUGUCUACAUUGUCAAAAAAGAGCCUCUACGAAUUACAUCUGUUGUUCCGAAAGAAAGGUCUAUAGAACUGCAAUGGAUGAUUAGCCCAUGCAGACGUGAUGAUCCCAUUAAAGGGUUUACUGUCAAAAAUGGAAGACGAACUUUCGACGURACUUACAACAGCAGCAAAAGUUAUACUAUACAGAACUUAAAACCAUACACCGAUUACGAAGUGGAGGUUAUAGCCAUCACGAACUUAGGAUACAAAUUUCGGAGUGGAACGAAAAAGACUAAAACAAAGAUUGCAGCACCAGAGGCACAUCCAGUAAUAGAAGUUCUUCAACCACUAUCAUCACAAUCAGUACUUAUUAAAUGGAAGCUACAAAAAUCUGAAUUGGUUAACGGUCCUCUGAAAGGAUACAACAUAAUCUACACACCAAAGGGAAGAAAGACCAAGACAGUCGACGUGGGUAAUGUUACGACAUGUACCCUGACGUCACUACUCAAGUAUACAACUUACGUCAUCUCUAUAGCAGUCAGAAACACAAAGUACRUUGGUCCGCUAAGUAUGGAGCGAAGAGUAAGAACAAUGGAGGACGGUUGUGUAGAGAAGUCUCUUUCAGGAAGAAACAGUCKAAAUAUAUCUGACAGCAGUUACACAGCCUCAUCAUCGUUUGAUUAUCGCUAUGUACCUCAUAACGCCAAGCUGUACGGUAAAUAUGGAUGGGCACCAAGGUAUAAUAGUAAUCCUGAUGAUUACCUACAGAUUGACCUCGGUACUCCACGUGUUAUUACUGCUGUGGCAACACAAGGAAAUGGUGGUGAUCUAGAGAGCGACGAAAACAAAGAAAAAAAUGAGUGGGUGUCAAGUUACAAGAUUAAUUACUCAGAUGACUCGUCAAACUGGAUAAGUUAUAAAGACGACGACGAUAUACAAAAGAUCUUUGAAGGCAAUACAGACAGCAAUGGAGUAAAACGUCACGAUCUUAGUCAAAACCCGAUAACAGCAAGGUACAUCAGGUUUGUCCCGGUUACCUUUCAUAAUUACAAGACGAUACGCGUUGACAUGAACAUURGUGUUUUUUACCAAGAAGCACCCGUGGUAUCAGCAAUCCCUCAACAAAGGUCAAUCCAAAUAAGCUGGACUUUCAAACAGUGCAAUCCAGCAGACCCCAUAACUGGAUUUGUCAUAAGCAAUGGAAUYARAGAUCCGMUUUACGUAAGCAGCAGUGACAGGCAGUAUCAUAUAACGGGUCUGAAGCCAUACACAGAAUACAACGUAAGGGUGUUAGCAAGAACACGACGUGUAAAUGGAUCAUGGAGYGAGACAACAAAGAUAAGAACAAAGGAAGAUGCUCCUUCUGCUCCAGUAAAUGUCACUGGUGCUUUGAUACCUGCACAAGGCUCCUUUGGACCACGUGCUGUUAUCACGUGGGAUAGACCACGAGAACCUAAUGGCAUCAUCAGGAAGUACACCAUCGUAUACUACUACAACAUGGAUACAUCCAAUAGCAAGACAGUCACUAUCAGUGGAUCAGCUGAUCUCACCUACACUAUCAAUGGAAUAAAGAAUGGAAUACUAUCAUACAAGAUAASUGCGACUACAGUCAAGGAAGGACCUUAUGCAGCUGGGAAAGACAUUGAGUAUGGGUGUCCAGAGCAAUCUCUUGUUGGAAAGGAGAGAAAUCUGAAACUAUCAGACAGCAGUUACACAGCCUCAUCUUAUUUUAAAAGCCCAGACAUCCCAGAUGAUGUUCGAUAUGCACCUUACAAUGCCAAGCUGAAUGGCAAAUAUGGAUGGACAGCAAUAACUGCACUUAAUCCUGAUGACUACCUACAGWUUGACCUCGGUACUUCACGUGUUAUUACUGCUGUAGCAACACAAGGAAAUGGUUACACUAAUGAAUGGGUGACAAAAUACAAGCUGUAUUUAGCAACAAAUAACAUAACACUAUUGUAUACUUACAAAGAUGAAUUUGGAAAUUUAAAGUUCUUCAAAGGAAACACCGACUCUAACAGUGUAGUACGUCAUGAUCUUACAAACCCUCAACUUGCAAGGUACAUUCGAUUCGUACCAGUGGAAUAUCAUAAUCACAAGAUAAUGAGAGUCAACGUUUACGUUACUAACCAAGAACCACCUCGUAUGGAAUUUAUUCCCGACAAACGUUCAUUAACAUUGACAUGGACCUACGAAAAAUGCAGUCYUACUGACCAUAUCACUGGAUACCUAGUGAAAGUGGGAAACACAACCCAUAAAGUUAUUGGUGAUUACCAGAGUUAUACUGUGACCGAUUUAAAGCCAUACACUGAAUACAAUGUCUCAAUUAAGGCCAUCAAGCAAGUAGGGUACGGAGUAUGGAGCAACGUCACAACAAUCAGAACUGCUAUUGCAGCUCCUUCUGCUCCAGUAAUGUCACUGGUACUUUAAAGCCUGCACAAGGUUCCUUUGGGCCAUGUGUUGUUAUUACGUGGGAUAGACCACGUGAUCCAAUAACAAGACAGCCACUAUCAAUGGAUCAGCUGAUUUCGCCUACAGUAUCAAUGUUAAGUAAUAUAUACAGUAUGAGUGGUCGUGUUGCAUCAGAUAUACGAACUCGAGGCGUAGCCGAGAGUUUGAAUAUCGCAUACAACACGGACACGAAUACUGUAUAUGACUUAUCAAACGUCUAGGUUAGUUCCUUUGUGUUUCACUAAAAUUUUGAAAAUUAAAGUGAA